AUGUCAGCUACUACUACUACGGUGUUACCGGCUAUUCAAUUGAAGGUCAAUUAUUCCGACAUUAAAACCAUAGCUAAGGAUUUCCUUACUCAGUUCAAAUCAGCGAGUAUAGACGAGGAUGAAAUUCAUAGUAGUAAAUACAUGAACAUUCUUCAAUCAGUGGCUAAUCGUGAAACCACAACCAUUUACAUUGAGUUGGAUGAUUUGAAAUCAUUCCUUUCUUAUUAUGAUCCAGCUUCUACUCAAACUUAUCAAGAAAGUAAGUCCUUGUUACCUACCAUUCUUAACAAUACUUACAGAUUUAUUGAAUUGUUUAGUGAAAUUAUUGAUGAAAUCAUGCCUGAACCUACCAAGGAUAUCAGCUACAAAGACGAUGUUUUAGAUGUGAUUUUACAUCAAAGAAAGUUGAGAAACAUUAGAUUACAGCAAGAAUCAAACGACGAGUUUAAUAACUUGCGUGAAGGUUUGAAUACUCAAGUAGACGAAAAUAUUCAAAAUCCCGACGCUAACACUAACACAUUCCCGGCCAAGCUUACCAGGAGAUAUUGUCUUUACUUUAAACCUUUAUCCACUAACGUAAGCAAGGCGCUUUCAGUAAGGCAAGUCAAGGGGAAGUACGUUGGUCAUUAUAUCACCGUUAGAGGUAUAAUCACCAGAGUUACCGAUGUCAAGCCAACCGUUUUGGUCAAUGCAUACACCUGUGACAAGUGUGGGUAUGAAAUCUUCCAAGAAGUCAAUUCCAAGCUGUUUACUCCUUUGAGCCAGUGUACCAGUCCUUCCUGUUCGCAAGAUAACACCAAAGGUCAAUUAUUUAUGAGUACCAGAGCAUCUAAAUUUUCUAGUUUCCAAGAGGUUAAGAUCCAGGAAUUGUCUAAUCAAGUUCCAGUUGGUCAUAUUCCAAGACAAUUAUCAAUUCAUGUCAAUGGGGAUUUAGUUAGAAGUAUGAAUCCUGGUGAUACUGUUGACGUUUCUGGUAUUUUUAUGCCUUCCCCAUAUACCGGCUUCCGUGCUUUGAAAGCGGGGUUGCUUACUGAGACUUACUUGGAAGCUCAAUAUGUUCACCAUCACAAGAAACAAUAUGAUGAAACUUCACUUCUGGCACAAGCAGAUGCCGCCAUCCAGCAAUUAAUGGAAGGCGGUGAUGUUUACAAUAAGCUUGCUAAAUCCAUUGCUCCUGAAAUUUAUGGACAUUUGGAUAUCAAGAAGAUCUUGUUACUUUUACUUUGUGGUGGUGUCACUAAGGAAAUUGGUGAUGGGUUAAAAAUCAGAGGUGAUAUAAAUGUUUGUCUUAUGGGAGAUCCCGGGGUGGCCAAAUCCCAAUUAUUAAAGGCCAUUGGUAAAAUUGCCCCAAGAUCGGUUUAUACUACCGGUAGAGGUUCUUCGGGUGUGGGUUUAACUGCCGCCGUUAUGAGAGAUCCAAUCACUGAUGAAAUGAUUUUGGAAGGUGGUGCUUUGGUUCUUGCUGAUAAUGGUAUUUGUUGUAUUGAUGAAUUUGAUAAGAUGGAUGAAAAUGAUAGAACUGCCAUUCAUGAAGUUAUGGAACAACAAACCAUUUCUAUUUCCAAGGCUGGGAUUACCACCACUUUAAACGCAAGAACUUCUAUAUUGGCCGCCGCCAAUCCAUUAUAUGGUAAAUAUAAUAGAAAGAUUUCACCCCAUGAAAAUAUCAACUUACCAGCUGCAUUACUUUCAAGAUUUGAUAUUAUGUUUUUAAUUCUUGAUCAACCUUCGAGAGAAAACGAUGAAAGAUUAGCUAGUCAUGUUGCGUACGUUCAUAUGCAUAACAAGCAACCAGAAAUGGAUUUCUCUCCUGUGGAUUCGGCUACAAUCAGACAAUAUAUUUCCCGUGCUAGACUGUUUAGACCAGUUGUCCCACAAGAAGUUGCUGAUUAUGUUGUACAGCAAUAUAUCAACAUGCGUAAGGAAUCACAUAGAAAUGAAGGCUCCAUUAAAAAGUUCAGUCAUAUCACACCAAGAACUUUGCUUGGUAUAUUAAGAUUGGCACAAGCUAGUGCCAGAUUAAGAUUCGACAAUGUCGUCACCAUGGAAGACGUUGAUGAAUCAUUAAGGUUAAUCCAAGUUUCCAAAUCGUCGUUAUAUGCCGAAGAUGAAACCAUAAGACAAGAUGAAAGUUCUACGUCCAAGAUUUAUCAAAUUAUUAGAACCAUGGCCAUGGGCGACGGUUCCAGAUUCCAAAACACUUUACCAAUGCAAGAAAUCAGAGAAAGAGUCAUUGCUAAGGGAUUCACUAUACAACAAUUUGAUGAUUGUAUAACUGAAUAUGAUGGUGUUGGUGUCUGGCAAAGAAUCGAUAAUGGCGAGACUUUGAUGUUUACCAAUGGUGAUGAUGAGGAUGAAGAAAUGGAGUAUUAG